CAAUGAUGUAACUGACGAUAACAGGGUGGCUCAGAUCGCUGUCCGCUUGCUUGGCACUUGCCUGACCUUCGCACCUAGCUUUAUAACGCGCCUGCUAAAGAAGCAAAAGGCAUGUACGUGGUGAUAGUUACGAUUGCGAGUACCGUGGACCGGUAUAUCUGGGAGGGCGCCUUCGGGAUCGUCGCCAUUCUCGGCAUCCUCUCCUCCGCCUGGGCCGCUGCUCCGGCAAGAUUCUCGUCGUCGAUGAUCCGAUCGAGUUUCUCGUUCGUGGGAGCAGUCGCAUCAAUGGGCCCCGUGGCCAGCUCCUUUUUGUCCAGGGGAUCGGUCGCCCUAGGGUCUUCCUCCUCGCUCAAGCUUCCUUGGGUGGCAGGUCCCACAGCUCACCACCAAGGAGUUGUGUUCUCGAAUCCGACGUAUUGCCAAGUCUUGGUUUCACACGACACACCAUCAAUUUGAGGCAGCAACAUUGCGGCGGUGGUGCCUUCGCCUGGUGGCUCCAGCGGGGACUGGUGGUGGUGAUGUGGGGCCUUCCGAGGGCGGCGGUGGGAGAGCCUAGUCAUGAGCCGAUGAUGGAGGAUUACCUUC